UUGGCGACCCGGCCCAUUUCGACAUCACUAAGGAUCGCCAUAGACGCUUUGCAGAAAUUAGACUCGAAUCUGGAAAUUAUGAUAAUUUCCCGCCAUAUACAAACUCUAUUCCAACGGUCAAAAACGGUCAUUGAAAUCCUCCACCUCCAUUGUUUGCUCCUCAAAACCUCCCUCGACCACCACGAAUACUUCUUCUCUCAACUCAUACUUUACGCCACCUCUAUCUCCCUCCAUGAUGCGCGAAAAAUCUUUGAUUAUUCACCCAUUUCUCCUCCACCGCUCUUUGCGUGGAAUACAAUGAUCAAAGAAUACUCCAACAACUCGUCAACUCCAAUUGAGUGCAUCAAACUCUUUGUAAAAUUACUUCGAACAGUUGGUGGGCUCAAACCCGACAAGUUUACCUAUCCAUUUGUGAUCAAGGCUUGUGGGCGUUGUUCCAUGCUUGGUGUUGGUGGAUCCGUGCAUUCUAUGGUUUUGAAGUCGGGUUUUGGUUUGGAUCCACAUGUGAACAAUACGCUAUUGAGGGUUUAUGGUGUGUGUGGUGUAAUUGAUUUUGCGCAAAGAGUGUUUGAUGAAAUGGCUGACAGAGAUGUAGUGUCUUGGAGCUCCAUAAUUGCCGGUUAUGUUGAUUGUGAACGUCCUUUGGGUGCUUUAAUGGUGUUUCGAGAGAUGAACAUGGUAAAUGAAAAGCCAAACUUGGUUACUUUGGUCAGUUUGAUUGCUGCCUGUACCAAUCUCCUCAAUAUCAGACAUGGAAAGUCCAUUCACUCUUACCUACUUGUUAAUGGUAUCGAAUUGCAUGUUUCUCUGGGAACAGCCCUGCUUAAUUUGUAUGCAAAAUGUGGUCUCAUAGAGGAAGCCUUCUGUAUAUUUAGUUCCAUGAGCGAGAAAAAUCUGCAGUCUUGGACUGCCAUGAUUUCUGGCCUCACAGAUCAUGGCAAUGGAGAAGAAGCUAUAUCUUUGUUUACCAGAAUGGAAGAAACUGGACUGAGGCCUGACGGCAAGUCAUUUUCAACAAUUCUGUGUGCUUGUAGUCACAAUGUUCUUGUUGAAAAGGGGCAAGAGCUUUUUGAAAAAAUGGUGAAUGAUUACAAUAUCAAGCCAACUAUGGAACAUUAUGGAUGCAUUGUUGACUUGUAUGGGCGCGCUGGGAAGAUUGAAGAAGCUUACCAGAUUAUUAUGGGUAUGCCAAUGGAACCAAACUCUGUUAUAUUGAGGAGCUAUCUUAGCUCUUGCAAACAACAUGGGUGCAUUUUAUAUGGCAACGAACAUUUGAAGCAACUUCUGCUCAAAAUAGAGCCUGACCUUGGAGCAAACUAUGUGCUUGCUGCCAGUGUGUCUUCUCCAUCUGGAUAUUGUGAUGACGUUGAUAAACUGAGGAUUUCCAUGGAAGAGAAAGGUCUGGUAAAAGUUCCUGGAUACAGUUGGGUGCAGCUUCCUAGUGGUUGUUCAGAGGGCAGUGGCGAACAGGUUGUAAGAUAAUCUAGUUCGAGUGACUAAAUGACUCAGUUUUUGCAUCUUUGAAUUCUACAUAGCACGAAAGCGUUUGUUGGAAGAUAGAGACGGUCCAAAAUGCAUUGCUUAUUUAUUGGUGACGUUCUAAGGACAAGGGAUUGGUGACAGUGCUACCGAUGAUUAUAAAGGUUUCUUGAUAUCGGAUCUAUAUUGAAGGGCAUGUGGUGGAGAGAGUGAUAUGAAACAGUACCAUAUUCUAGCAGAUCGAUAUAUGAAAAUGAUCGAUCCAGAAUAUCAGAUGCAGAGCUGCGGCCAUGGGCAACAAUCCCUCCUCCAUGAGAUCUUUGGUGGGAGAAAGACCUGCCAUUUUCUCAGUAAAGAAGUCAAAGAUUCUAAUGACCAGAUACAAUUUCCUUGUUAAUUAUGCCAGGCAUACUGUCAAUGCGAAGAACAUCAAGAACUCGAGUUACUUAACAGACUUGUGGAACUGCUCAAAUAAGUAAGUUCAUAUUCCACUCUAUGCAUGAAGUUUACUUCCCAAUUUGUGUGGUUUUUUUAGUCGUAUCGACUCGUCGCUGAGGAAGUAUUGCAGAGAAGGGUAUUCUUCCAAUUAGAAAAGCAUUGUCCCAUUCAAAAAUUAAUUUGAACAAAAUGCUCUGAACUUGUGAAAUUCUUCCAAUAAUUUGGCCCUUGAUCUAUAAUAUGAUAUGGUUCGCUGCUAAUUACGUAUUACCAGAAUAAUGCAUACACAUCAUCUCUUCAUAGAACUCAUAAUACGAAUACGUGACUCAUUCAUACACAUUAUCUCUUUCUUUUAUCAAAGGUACAAAUUUGAACCUUAAUCACAUUGAAGUAGUAAUGACUUUAAAAAGUGAAGCCGGCUAGGCACGGUAUUUGGCGCAUUUCUAAGAAGAAUUAUUAUUUUGGUAGUGACAUAUAUUGGAGAUAAUCUUAGUGAGUAGAGUUGUAAUAUCUAGUCAUCUCUCUUGAAUAUUUGAAGUCUUUGAUAGCAAGAUAUACGAAGGGUCUUUCCAUUGUAUAUAUAGAUGUUUUAAAGUUAUUGUUGAUGUACUCUAGAAUCAACUUGUAACCUUUAAAGAGAAAAGUUGAUAGAGCAAUGAAGAUGACACUACAUAUAGGGUAUGUUCAAUUCACCACUGAAAAAAAUUAACUUCUACAAUUUUUAUCUAGCCAUGUUAGAAACACUUCCGUGAACUUUAUUUUGUUUUUAAUAAACCAUUGAACUUCCAAAUCUGAUUCUCAUCCGUCCCUCCAUCCAUCUAACUUAACGUUCCAUUAACC